CCACUUAUUUCACAUUUUAAAAGCUUUCGAUAAUAUGACACUCAUUCAACUAGAUUUAUGUGUCCAAUAUAAAGUAACGCAACAUUUUCCAGGGACCGUUCGUUUGUCAUUAUUGCUUUUUCAACAGCAAUGUCAAUUAAUCUUGUAUACGACUGUACAUGUAUUAUUUGUUUUAGUUACUAUAAAUUUUAAAAAGGGAUGUAGCCUAUAAUUCGUGGCAGUCUGAUAUCUCUUAAUUUCAGUUUUGUGACAUUUGGCACCUGACUUUUCUAUGGAUAUAAAAUGCUUUUCGCCUUAUUGAUCCAGCAUUGUGGUCGUCAAACGUAGGCGGACUAAGAAGGAACAGUGAUAAGUUUCCCCUUUGACAUCUGCUGAUAUAGAUAAAAGCCGUCAGUUUUGGUCAGCUUGAUUCGCUGCUCUCUUAACGUAAGUUACAUCAAAAGCGUUGCGCCGCGCUCAGCCGUUCCGUUUGUUCGCAGGGGUCCAGGAGCGCAUUCACAGACGCAACAUCCGUAAUAUUUUCAGUGUCGCCUGCGGCAUCGUGCGCGUGGCUACGCUAACUACGUAGCGCUCGGCAUAAUAAUGGCGUCCGUGCGGUAGAUGCGCCCCGGUUCGUGAAAAAUGAAGCGGAGGAGAAGUUGUUCUUGUUAAGCACGAGCGGAGGGGGGGAAGGCGGUCGUCUUUCAGCGGGUUUCGGCGUCGAAAGCGACAUCUUUUCCGGAAGGUUUUCCUUUAACUUAAAGUCCCUGGGACCCCCGACAGGAUGAAGCUGAAAUCCAACCAGACGCGGACAUACGACGGGGACGGCUACAAGAAGAGGGCCGCCUGUCUGUGUUUCAGGAGCGAGAGCGAGGAGGAGGUGCUACUGGUCAGUAGCAGUCGACACCCUGACAAAUGGAUCGUUCCUGGCGGAGGGAUGGAGCCAGACGAAGAACCAGGAGUCGCCGCGGUCCGGGAAGUGUGUGAAGAGGCCGGCGUCAAGGGAACCCUGGGCCGCUUGGUGGGGGUGUUCGAGAACAGGGACCGCAAACACAGGACAUACGUCUACGUCCUCGUCGUGACAGAGGUCCUGGAUGACUGGGAGGACUCGGUCAACAUUGGCAGGAAGCGGGAGUGGUUCCGGACGGGUGACGCCCAGCGCCUGCUGCAGUGCCACAAGCCUGUACAGGCUUCUUACUUUGAAGCUCUGCAGCAGGGUUGCCUCACAGGCAAUGGGACGCCCCUGGUGGCCACACUGGGCGGUGACCUGUCAGCGGCCUACAGCAUCAGCCAGAGCUCCGUGUCGGGCAUCAGAUAACGGGCCGGGCGGCCUCCGCCCCCGCUCCUCCCAUCACUCCUGCUCCUCCCGUCACUCCCGCUCCUCCCGUCACCCCCGCUCCUGCUGCUCCGACCCCCUUUUCUAUGUCGGCACCUUGGCGAGAGGACCGGCUCGCCGGCCUGCAGUGUGGAGCGGAGAGCGUACGACACUUUGUAAAUGUACCUCCUUCUUUUUAUCGAUAACUGCAUGCCUUCCUCCCCGCCCCAGCGUACGGCUAACUGAAUGCUCACCCUUUUUACUGUCGUGAUGUAAAGUUCUGGUAAUGUAGCUCGUGCUUACGGUGCGCCUCCGGGUGCCUUUUUAAAUGUCCUUUUGACCCGCCCUGGACCUGGACCUGGACCUGGACCUGGUGGGAGGUGUUUUGAUAUCUGCCUGGAUGGAUGUAUGACUCAUUCUGUGUGAGCGCUGGUAUUUAUUUGUUUUACUGUUUGGGUGGUUUGAUCUGAAAGAAUGAAAUGGUCUUGUAUAAAUUCUUUUUUAUUUAUUUAUUCCCUUCUUCCCCGCACCCAAAAUUUUGCGCUGGGCUGGGCUGAGCUGGGCUGAGCUGGGCUGAGCUGGGCUGAGCUGGGCUGGGCUGGGCUGAGCUGGGCUGGGCUUCUCCAUGACCCCAAUCAGGUGGCACGGUCUUAGGCCUCCCAGGUCCUCUGCUUUUGUGCGGGUUUGUGCUCCAACCACCAAACGUCUCCACAUGAAGCAGCGCCCUGAGGGAAGUUGGUGCGGAGAGUUCACGAGGUUACUGGCCACUUUAGUGACGGAGCACUCCACGUGGGCUGGAAGCAGUCCUGCAAACAGCUCUUUGGUGCUCAAGUGCUGGGGGGCAGUUGCUUUAGACACAGACUUACACUGGGGAGCAGUGGUGUGCCCCCACCUCUGGAGGGCCUGCAGCCUGAGCUCCAUCACAGCUGGACUGUCCCAAACAUGGGGGUCCUCUCUCUGGCGGUGGGUGGGGGUGCACCUGUAUGAUUUAGAUGCCGAUGUCUUUUUAAGGUGAACUGAAAUCCCUGUGCCAUCGCAUUUCUGCGCCCAUGCGGUCGACUCCCAUGUGGUACCUUCCAUUUUGCGGCCCACUAAUGCCAUCAACAGCCGUCGUUCACAGAUGGAGGGCUAUCCACGUGUGACCCCCCCUGCCGUGACCCUUCUGUGUUUGACAUUUUGACCUUUAAUCCGUACUCAGCCGCAGCUCUGCACCAACCUCUGACACUGGACUCUUAAAUAUUCCAGCUCAUUUUUGAUGUGUCUCUCUCGUUGGAUCGACGAGGUAGAUCCCUACCAAGCUCUGCCAUAGUGUGGUCCCAGCUCAGCAUCAUAAUCCAUCCGUGUCUAAAGCCCGCCCGUCUCCAUGGGGACGGGUGUCAGUGACACCUCUGUGUGUCAGCAUAUAGAGGGAUGUGUGUAGCGUGUUUAAAGCGGAUUCCUGAGGGAACGACAUGCCGCUGGAUUCUGGGGACGUUUGUUGGAGCAGCUCCCUCCCACACACCUUCUGUAGGAAUGUGCUGGGAUCCCGGGCCUGAAAACAGCAUUUAAGAUGCUCUCCGGGGCAGGGUGGCGAACUGAAUGUGCAUUAGCAGAAUGAAACGGUACCAUCUGGUGGCGACCAGUGGCAACAGCACUUGCGGCUGCUUGUUCAGGUUAUCAUCUGCUGUGCCAACAGUCCCGAUGGAGGCAGGGCGUUGUUGUUGUUCCUACAUGCUCCAGCUCAACCAGUGAGCAGGCUACUUCUUGUAUGUCAGCCAGUCAUUUUAGGCGAACCACACUCUGCCUGGCCAAGCAGCACUCCCGUAUACCACCUGAAGGGGGUGCUGUGGCUGAGGUUGACCAGAGGUGGGUCGAUGUAUUGGAUUUUAGAUGAGACCCAGGCCUGAAGAUUAGCUCAGCAGCCAGCUGUAAUCCCCACAAGAUUUUUCUUGACUUCCUGUGACACUGGGCCUUGUUUCCUGAGCCUUCAAACUAUCUGUACAUAAACCCACUAUUUGCUCAGGUUUAUUUUAAUCAGUCAAUGCCAUUGAAUUUAUAUUGAGAAGCACAAGCCACUGGAAUGUACUGUCGGCGCAGUAGGAACUUGGUUUACUGUCGAGCCCCCGUAGACAGCAGAACUUAUUAUAUCAUUUACUGCCCCCUGCAGGGGAGGAUGUUCCUUGCAGUCCUUUUGAACACAGGAAUUUCAUUGGUGCCUGGAUGUUUUCUCCUUGCCGCCAGUGUUUUGCUUCUUGUGUUCCUCACUGUUUGGGUGACAGUGGCAGCUGUCUCCUGCUCUUUCCUCCUCCUCUUUCAUGAGCACUCGCAGCCAUUCACACCAGCUGCAGUUCCUUUGCCGUUUUGUCUCGUUGUGUGUCGGCGUGAAGCCUGUCGUGGGUGAUGGGGAGCGACGGCUCUCUGGCGGCAUUUUCAGAGUACUGUUCGGUCGGCAGUGUGAACAUCUGACUUGCUUUAUACUGACAGCCCCAUGUAGUCUGUUCGCCAGGUUAGCUUUGUGUUCUGCGACAGCUUGACUUCAGAUACGUGCGGUAAGACCUCUGGAGAAUCACUGCAGCAGGGUUCCCCAGUUCCUGGAGUCCACAAUGCAACAGAGUUUGCAGAUCUUAAUCGGCUACUUAUCAGGUUUAGUAGGUGUGGAACUGGGGAAGCCCGCAGCACAGCUUCAGGGAUUAGCUCCCAAGGUUGAACGUUGCCAACCUUGUAAAUGCUUGGCCGAAGCCUUGUGAUUGGCUGGCUUUCCCGCCGACCAUUGGACAGGAAUUACCGGGGUCAAAGGGCAUCUUUCCGAGAUUAAUUUCUACGCCAUCACCACUUAGUGACUGGAGGAACGUUCAGUCUGUAAACGGUAUACAGUACCGUUUGCGGGUUGAACGACAUUUUGUGAAACACACUUUUAGGUACGUUUUCUCUCAUUUGGUGGGUGUGCCAGAGAUGAUACCCAAUCAGCAGCAGUGUGUAUGAAAACCCUGCCAAGUUAAAAAGACGGUGGCCCGAGGGGGAUGUGGGGGGGGGGCUUUAUACCCAAACUUAAUUCCCUCGUUAUUUCACCUGUCAGAAAUAUGAGAUCAGGACUCUAAAACUCUCAAAGCGUUUCCAUGUUUUACUGUGAAAUGUCGUACAGUACUGACAGUAGCCUGAGGUGGUGGAUCGUUUGCGCUUAUCGAGGUCUGGCUUGAUGUGUGGGAAUGUGUGACGGUACACCUCAGCGUUCUGAACACAAGUUGGCCUGCAGUUUCGGAAAUCCCCACCAGCUGACGUUAACUGUGAAUUUCACUUUCAAAAGAACAAACCAGUGUAAUGAUGUUUGCUAUUGGUUCCAGUGGAGACUGUUUGGUUAAACCCAUACAAGACUGAAGAUUGUGGGGGUGGGGGAAUUGUGCCAAUGAAUAAACACACCAGUAUUUCACAGCCA